CUCCUUCCAAUGGACAAAGCUCAAUCUAUUUGCACUCUUGAAUCUGGAUUUAAAAUGACCGAAAUAAGCAGCAGCCAGCCGCCCAAAACAAACGCGAAAACUGGCAGCGUGAGAAGGACGGAACGCCGAGCUGCGCUUUGUCUCCGCAGACGGACGUCCCAGACGCGCCUCCCCGCGCCGGCCGGAACCACGUGUUGCCCAGUGUGGGUCGGGCUGGGCUCAGUUUCCGGUCGGAAGAGAGAAGCCGGCGGCUCCGGAAGUCUCCGUUCGCGUUACCCCGUCAACCUUUCCCGCCCGCCCCCGCUGCUCGCUCCGGAGUGAGGCCGAGGUCGAGGCCGGGUGCCGACUGUCCUUCCCCAAGAUGGCUGCGGGGCCGGGCCGGCGGCGGCGGCUGUUGCAGCUACUCAUGCAGUUCGGUUCGGUGCUGCUCACGCGGUGUCCGUUCUGGGGCUGCUUCAGCCAGCUCAUGCUGUACGCCGAGCGAGCCGACGCGCGCCGGAAGCCGGAUAUCCCGGUGCCCUACCUGUACUUUGAUAUGGGGGCUGCUGUGCUCUGUGCCAGCUUCAUGUCGUUUGGGGUGAAGCGCCGUUGGUUUGCGCUGGGAGCUGCACUCCAGCUGGCUGUCAGCACCUAUGCUGCCUAUGUAGGGGGCUAUGUCCACUAUGGAGACUGGCUUAAGGUCAGAAUGUAUUCCAGAACCAUUGCCAUUAUUGGUGGUUUUCUGGUGUUGGCUAGUGGGGCAGGUGAACUCUAUCGCCAGAAACCACGAAGCCGCUCUCUGCAAUCUACAGGCCAAGUGUUCUUGGGCAUCUACCUCAUCUGUGUGGCUUACUCCCUCCAGCACAGCAAAGAAGACCGGCUGGCAUAUCUGAACCACAUCCCGGGAGGGGAGCUUACACUGCAGCUGCUCUUCAUCCUUUAUGGUGUCCUGGCUCUGGCCUUCCUCUCUGGCUGCUAUGUGGCCCUGGCUGCUCAGAUCCUGGCUGUGCUGCUGCCUCUCAUCAUCCUCCUCAUUGAUGGAAACAUCGUCUAUUGGCACAACACUCGGCGAGUUGAGUUCUGGAAUCAGAUGAAGCUCAUUGGCGAGAAUGUGGGCAUCUUCGGGGCUGCAGUGAUCUUGGCCACGGAUGGCUGAAAUGGCACUCUUAGGGAUGGGGUGAGAGGGGCAGAUUUUUUGGGGGGUGGUGGUACAGGGGAUUUUCUUUCACAGGCUGUUUAUUUAUGCUUUUAAAAAAAACCAAAACCAAAAAAACUUUCUUUUGUAAUGAUUGGCACGAAAAGGGUCUUUACCCUGUUCUCCUAGGAAAUGCACUUUAAAAGAAAGGAAGACGCCUUAGCAGCUGGGGCGGGAUGGUGGUGAUGAACUCCCCCAAGGCUUCUCUGACCCAGGAAGGGAGGAUUUAUUUUAGGAGAAGAGCCUCUGGGAAGAUCUGGGGAGGAUUGUAGGGGGGUAGGGUGGGGCCAGUAGAGGAAGGGAGAAGCUGGAUGGACAGGAGACCAGGUGAGAAGCAAAGACACAGAGAAAGACAAAGACCAGAUAUGUAUAUUUCUUUUUGUACAGUGUCCAGUCUUGUUGAAAGCAUUUUGAUGAUGUGUGAGUGAGUGAGUGAGUGAGUGAGUGUGUGUGUGUGUGUGUGUGUGUGUGUGUGUGUGUGUGUGUGGACGUGGACCAGCAUGGACCAGACUCAAGAGUAGCUAAGGGGACUGGCCCAGCCCAGUUUCACUUUUGGGUUCUCUGGGUUUCUGGAGGCUAGGGGCAAUGCUGGUCUCUUCUUAUCAGCCGCCUUCACUGAUCUGCUUAACAUUGCUCUUUGACUGGGGCCCAGGGUAAGGUGAUUCACAGCAUGGCUGUUCUCUGACCCAUUGUCCGAGCUUUGAUGGAAACGUUCUCCAGGCUUUGCCACGUCUUUGCCCCAAGUUGUAAGGUGGGCAUCCUGGGGCACAAGCACCUCUCUCCCUCUGCUUUUCUGUGCUCUCCAGUCAGCAUACUCCACCAUCUUCCAGAAAUAAACACUCUAUACACA